AUGAACCACAUGGGGCUGUUUUCUGCCUUGUCUACCAAUACCAAACCUUCAAAUAGACAGUCUUCUGUCUCAUUCUCGCUACGACCUGCGCCAUGGGACUCGACAACGACUCUGGUUCACCCUUCAGAGUACCCGGCAGAGGCACCGCCUAUGUACUCGAUUACAUCAAAAUACAGUGCUCCCAAUGUGGUAGUAUUUCGAGGCUGGGGUGAGGGUCCAUGGGACUUCAUCGGUGAUGCACGACUUCCAAGCCUGUCUUCCAAAAUAUACCUAGCAUUCUACAGCCAGCCAAUACAGAUGCGACUAAACGAAUUGUCAGGCAGCUUCACUCUCGAGUCACCUGUCACAGGUCAAUUGAAAUGGAAACUUGACAUGUUGACGGGGAGGAAUAUGGACUUGCAGGAUGCUACUGGUAAAAGGUUAGCCAAGCUUCGACCAGGAAAAUCGGGCGAGAAGGUAUUGGAGAUUCUCGUAUCUCACGACAUUCGUUUCCUUGAGUUAGUACUGCUAUCAGGAUGGACUGCUCGAACUAUGAACAAGUCGGUGACGGAGGCAACAGUUGAAAUUCUGAGCUCUGUUGUUGGGGUUUAA